AUGCGCCCGCCGGCCGCGCUGGGGCUGCUGCUGCUGCUGCUGCUGGCGCCGCCGGGCCGGGCCGACCCGAGGCCGCCGCCCUGCCCGCGCUGCCGCGAGCUGGUGGACAAGUUCCAGCGGGGGAUGGCGGACACCGCCAAGAAGAACUUCGGGGGCGGCAACACCGCCUGGGAGGAGCGGACGCUGGCCAAGUACGAGUCCAGCGAGGUGCGCCUGCUGGAGAUCCUGGAGCGGCUGUGCGGGGCCGGCGACUUCCAGUGCAACCAGAUGCUGGAGGAGCACGAGGAGCGGCUGGAGGCCUGGUGGCUGCGCCUGAAGAAGGAGCACCCCGACUUGUUCGAGUGGCUCUGCGUGAAGACCCUGCGCGUCUGCUGUCCUCCAGGGACCUACGGCCCUCACUGCCUGGCAUGCCAGGGUGGCUCCGAGCGGCCCUGCAGUGGGAACGGCCACUGCAGCGGUGACGGCAGCAGACAGGGCGACGGGUCCUGCCAGUGCCACAUGGGGUACCGGGGGCCCCUGUGCACCGACUGUGUGGACGGCUACUUCCCCGCGCUGAGGAAUGAGACCCACAGCAUCUGCACAGCCUGCGACGAGUCCUGUAAGACGUGCACGGGGCCCACCAGCCAGGACUGCGAGCAGUGCGAAGUGGGCUGGGCGCGCCAGGACCCCGGGGGCGCCUGCCUGGAUGUGGACGAGUGCGCGGCCGAGACGCCCCCCUGCGGCGACGGGCAGUACUGCGAGAACACCAGCGGCUCCUACUCCUGUGAAGGGUGUGACGCGACCUGCGUGGGCUGCACCGGCAGGGGCCCCGGGCAGUGCAAGGAGUGCGUCCCCGGCUACGCCAAGGAGGACGGCCAGUGUGCAGAUGUGGACGAGUGCUCGCAGGCGGCGCCGUGCAGGCGGGAGGGCGAGAACUGCUACAACACGCCCGGGAGCUUCGUGUGCGUGUGUCCCGAGGGCUUUGCGGAGACGGAGGACGCCUGCGUGCCGGCUCAGACGGCCGCGGCAGCAGGAGACGGCCCGGACCAGCCGCCCUCCCGGGAAGACCUGUGACCCCUGCGAGUGCCCGAGCCCCCGAGCCCGGGCGUCUGGCCGGCGGGCGGAGCGGAGCCUGCUUGGAGACAGUCGACACCCGUCAGGCCCGCGAGGAGCUGCGUUUCUGGGUUGUUGAACAGAUUCGUCUAUUUUGAUACUGUUGUUUGUAAUAAAGCCGACGUGGCCGAGCCCGGCUUUUGUCUCGCCGGGAAGAGGAGGCACCGCCCGGCCAGCCACUCGGGGCUCAGCCUGUGGUCAGGA